AUGGUUGAGCGGCAGAAGAUGAUGCUGGGGGAAAAGGAAACCGAAACGGUGCCAACGACUUUGGUGUUUAUGAUAGAAGGCUUCGGUCAGGACGACGUAUCAGGAUCCGCUUCAUCUCGUUGGUAGUCGAGAAGGACUAUUUGAGAUGCACGCAUGACAUGACAUUCUAGAAUGAUAAACCGCGGAAAGGAUUCUUUUUGGUACAGCCUUCUCGUGUGGCACGACUAGAGGACAUCGAAUAGCUUAUGAUCGAAGUGGUACCUUUCUAAUCGGCUAUUCGAAACUGGCUGUCUUUCUCGCAUUCCCCUACGUGAUGUUGAGUCGGUGUUUUUCGCAGAGUCACGGCUCCGCGAUGCCCUGGGUGCGAUGCUAUCCAGUUGUGCCGCGCGCCAUGAUCCUACAGUGGAGGAGGACUCGCGAACGUGUUUCGAUAUCGAAGUUUCGCCAGCUGGGGAAGGAGAAGGAGGAUCGAAAACAUCAGAAGAAAGGGUGGAUGGGAUGCUGCAGGUGCUUAGUUUUGUUUGGGAACGAUAACUUGUUCAUUGAGUGACCUCUCGUUGAGCUUAAGUUGGCACUGUGAAACAAGAGAGUAAGUAACGACCUCAAAUCUCUCCACAGAGACUAUAAUUCUUCACGACUAGUACCUCCAAGAGUACCAUAUUAUAAACCUACCACCCCACAGGUUUCCUACAUCGACAGCGCUAAGGAAUGGAAGUGCAGUUAUCACUUGAGACUUGCUACGACACCUGUACUAGUGUCUUCUGCACCCUCGUCUAGGGGUGAUGGAGUCGAGUCUAUGGUCCUAGAGAUGUUCGCCAGAGUUGCCAACACCACGGAAGAGGAUUGGCGAGAUGUCAAAUUGAGCCUUAUUGCUAACGAGCUGGAACUGUUAGGCAGGAAGAAGGUUGCUGAUAGAGCUGCAACUGAUGGAAGUGGUGCUGGUGGAGGUGUUAAUUAUGUUCAAGAAGAAAAAUAUAUUAUAUAUAAAUAUCUUCAACAUUUUUGUAUAAUUAAUAUCUACUCGUCUGGUUAUCGUUAUGGUUGUGCUUGUGUGACGUUAGUGGCUCACUGUAUGUAUGGUCCAUGAUCCUUAUUAAGGUUAAUCACAACAGGUAUGAACCAGUCAGCAAAACAGCUGCAACUGAAAGCAGACUCUGUAAGAAUGCAACUUUAUUUGCUCACAUCUUCCUAAUCUCUGUUUGGCUAGAAGGAAUACAAGAUCAUUCUUAUUGCAUUACGACUAUGAUGCUCCUUUCUAGAUAUUAUUACGGUUAUGGUAGAUAGUACUAGCAUACUUCUCAAUUACAACUACGGACAUAGUUUUCUCAUCCUCUAACUCCUAGCCCAAACCGGCGGCGGUUUUCUGAAUUUAUUUAUCAAGACUCUUACUGGCAAAACGCUGACGAUUGAUGUGGAAUCUGGCGACACGGUUGAGCAGCUCAAGGAAAAAAUCCAGGAUAAAGAAGGCAUUCCGCCAGACCAGCAGAGGUUGAUCUUUGCCGGUAAACAGUUAGAGGAUAACCGCGCUCUGUCGGUUUACAAUAUUCAGAACGAAAGCACGAUUCAUUUGGUCCUACGGUUGAGAGGAGGACCGGGACCAGAUGAGGACAUUGCUGAUGCCAGGAGUAAAGCGAAAAGAUCUCCAGCUCAGGGAGGAGCAAGUAUCCUUAAGGUUACGGUUAAGCCCGACUACAUAUGAAAAAUAUCAGCUUCUUCAUUUCGACUGGACCAAAAACAUUUUUCAUCUGUUCGUAGUUAUUCUGAGAAAAAGAAAUAAGAAAAACAACCUUCUAAGAAAUAUAAUUAACAGACUUUUUGGAGGCUUGAAAGUAGACGUGACGAGCUCUAAUAAGAGCAGUGCAGAGCAAUAUGAAAGCCUAGACGCGUUGCAAACGAGCGGUCUUGCGGAAACAGUGAUCUACGAUUUGGAAGAGCCAGUAGUAAGGCUUUUCCUAAUCCAUCUCGUGGAGAAUUAUCCGGGGUAGGCUCUUCGGAGGGAAAAUGGUGGCCGUCUCAGGAAGAUGUUCUCCGGGAUAGAUUCGGGUCGUGGGCUCUAACAGUAUCGGUCGGCGCAGGCGAGACAGCUUCUGUGAGGGUGAUGACGGUGAAGAUGAAAGGAGCCAGGGUGUUAGUUUACGACUACACAGAGAAUCAGGUAAAUGCGGCAAAGGCGGUGCACCUGUGGAAUGCUACAACUGACGAGCAGCAGAAUAAGACUGUGAAUCCAGUGCUGGCACCCGGGACGAUGACGAUAAUCUUACGAAUGAUUGAUGCGAUUGCAGUUUUUCUUGAUAAAGUGACGACUAAAUCAUGAUCUAAAUCUCGUAGUUUCUGGGAAAGACAUCAAGACCGUUAUCAAACUAUGACGACUAUUUGACCCUUGCAGGAGGUUCUGCUUUUGCUUUUCCUCCUUCAAGACAAUUAAAACUAAGCAAAGCCCAAGAAUUUUAUUUAUGAUCAAGAUCUCUCUCGUCCACGACGUGUAGGUCUCUCAAUCUCAAUCCCCCCUCUAAGAGCCGACGGCGGAUUCUACUGUAACCAGUCUCAGUUUACACCUAUGAUUCCCGACGAUGAUCAAAUCGUACGAUAUGGUUUCGACACUACAAAUGCCAUUGACCGAGUGGUUACCUUCGAAAGAUCCGAGGUUGUACGAGCAAGUCAAUCGAAAGGAAAGAAAAAUUAUGCGACAAGACCGUCGCUAUCACAGCACCCAAACAAAACUAUCAUCAUCCUUCCCUCGCCUCUAGAAGAUGUCGCGGCUAUGACAUCCAAUUUUUCCAAACUAUCAAAAUUAUCUUUCACUCUCGCCCGUAGCUAUCGCUAUGGCAUCCAAUUCCGAAGUACGUAUCAAGAUUAUUCUUUUCUUGAUCUUGUCUAGCAAAUUAGUGGUAUAGCCGCGAUCUGAUCCAAACUUCCAAACUAUCUUCAAAAUUAUCUGUACUCAACUCGUCUCUAAUGUCCCGCUUUCCUCUUAACACACAGGAAAGUAAAAACGUAUCAAUACACGAUCACAAACAAUAGUACUGGACCAGUGGAGAGACUGUACAUCGAUCACAACGCGUCUGCCGCUGAUGGAGGCUACUCGGUUUUGCUCAAGGAAGGUAGUGGAGGAGCGGAAGAGUUUAUGAAGAACGUGAACAUUUGAAAUUCAGAGCAGUGAAAGCUCAAUUAUACUUGGUCCAAGUACAACUUACACUAUCACUAUGUGGUGCCAUUUCCAGUUCGGUCUUCUAAAAGCCCUUCCGGGAACAAACAACCGACCGUGGCGAAGCGAACGACUGGAUUCGUGAGGUUCGAAUUACAGCUAGCGCCUCAAGAAACGACCAGGGUGGAGGUUGAUGAAGUUGCCUGGGUGGAAGAAAGGUUAGCUUUAUGAGAAAAUGACACGCGUCAUCAACUGCAAGAUUGUUUGAGCCUCUGCUCCUUGUUUUUUGUACCAACAUUUCCACCGUUCAUCUUCAUCACCCUCUUAGUCUUACUCCAUCUAACGUCCGGCGCUCAAUUACUCGAAUUUCUGCAAUCUUCGCGUUGCGAGUCUUUGUCCGCUGAUGGUAUCCUGACGAAAGACCUUCUGCUGAAAAUGAGGCGGUGGGCGCAACAGAGCCUCCAAAAGCGUGCUUUAGCAGAACUGGAAUCUGGCAUAUUGCACGAGCUUUUUUCAAGGUUAUGGCUUUUUUGACCAUGGGUUUUGUUCCGAUAGCGCUAAAGGGCUACUCUCAGGACUCCGGUUUGUUGUCCUUAGAAUCAGUGAAAAAUCUAGUCCCUUCAGAAUAUUUGUUCUACGUCCACGUAGACAUCACUCACCAUAAUUCAUCUCGAAAAGAAACAACAUGAAGAAUAUCGCCAUGUAUUCUAGCGCCUCACUGCCCCUCUAUUCAUCUAACCCCUUGCAUCACUUUUCACCUUCUCUAACCACUUGCAUUCCCGCAAAAGAUGCGAAACAAGACAUCCUCCAGGACGUCCUCCUUGCUUCCAAGGACAUUGUCAUUUCAAGAGUUGUUUUUAACCUUGCACAGAAAAGUCGCGAGUUGUCGGCACAAAUAUCAGAGACAGACAGGGUUCGCGACGCUACCGAGGUUAUGAAUGAUGUUUUUUGCAUCUUCUAUCAGACCAGCGAGGAGAUCAUGGCUUGUUCCUUUUAGUAAGUUAAUAUACGCUUUGUUGAGGGGAAGACGAAGAGGGUAGCCAUGCCAUGAAGGCGGUCUCACUAGAUGGAAAAAACAACAUCCAUAGAUGAAGCGACCGAGAAGCUGUUCUUGGAUCAAGAACGACUGCGAAAAAACAUCGUCGCAUUGGAGAAGAUUGGAACAAGUGAUAGCAAGGACAAGUUGGUGAGCAUUAUGAAAAGAUAGAAAGAUAGAGUAUUGUGGAGGAGCACAAAUUAGCCUUAGAAGUUCUACAAUACUCAAGAAAAUAUGCUUAUGACUACAGAAUCAGAAUAAUACUGAUAAUUGUACCAGUAGCAGUAGGAUCUUCUGCUUCUACUAUAUCUAGAUCUUCUACUUCUCUCGUUCUCUCUAUAUCUAGAUCUUCUACUACCCACCCUGCUUCAUCCUCCGAUACAUGGCAGACCUACAUGCUAUGGAAGAUACGAUUUCUCAGAAGCGACAGUCCUCCGCAGAUUUAGAGCGAAAGCUGCAAACUUUGCGAGAUGAGAUGACGGCCGUGAAGGGUUAUGCUGAGGUCUACAUUUCAUUAGUUUUUUUGAAUUUUGCAAGUAGGACUUGUGGUCGUUCUUGCAUAGUUCAUCAGAUAAGCAUAAACCUGAUCAGGAGGUUCAUAUUUUAAUACUUUUAGAAGCAUCAGGAUCAGCCAUCUCUUCUAUUUUUCGCUGCUCUAAAACCUUCAGCUUCGUCA